AUGGAACAAUUAAGAAAGGCACGAAGUACUGCCAAAGGAAAUGUCACCAGGAAAGCCAACAAGCUUAAUGAUUUACCGACAGCGUGCGAUAAUGUUGACGCGAUAAAGGAAAUUGCAAAUGAUUUAGACGAGGUUUCUAUACAAUUUCAAAGUGCACACAAAGCUUAUCAUAGCUUGCUUAAAGAAGAGCAAGACCUAAAUGAUUCAACUGUCUAUUUCAACUCAGUCGACGAAUUUGGCUCGAACAACCGGCCACCCAAUUUCAAGAAAAUCAAAUUCAACCACACGAUAUUCAGUAAGCACUGUCGGAUCACAUAA